CGAGACGCCACUCCUCUCUCGGCCUCGCCUCCGCUCACCUGAAGACAGCCCCUUCCGCCUCCUCCGCCUGAACGACAGCAAUCCCACGUGCAUAGUGGUGCAGCGGUAGGUGAACGUACCCCCAAUCUGUCUCAUCAUUUCCUCUCAGAUCAUAAAUUAGACGCAUUUCCUCGAGUUAAUUAAGUAGAGUAAUAUACAUACACACGCGCCUAUUUAAUGGCCUCAUCGAAGACGACGUCGUCGUCGUCUUUCUACUUCGCACUCUCCUUUCCUUCGCCCACUCACACGUGGGAGAGCAGGAAGUCGCAGCAAUUUGAAAUGGCAGCGCCGCCGCCGCAGCGUCUCCACUCCGCUGUUGCCCCGCUCUUUCUCCUUUUCCUGUUGCUUGUCAUCCUCGCACUGGCCCUGGCGGUUAACAUCACCGCAGUGCUCUCCCCUUACCCCGACCUCUCCGCCUUCAACCGCCUCCUCAGCUCCACGUCGGUCCCCUGCGACCUCUCCGGCCGCUCAUCCCUCACCAUCCUCGCCAUCCCCAACGCCUACCUUCUCCGUUCCUCCGCCGCCCGUGCCGCCGCCGAUAUCGCGGAUGUGCUCCGCUACCACGUCCUCCUCGAGUAUCUCUCCUCGCCUGACCUCCGCCGCAUCCCCGCCGGCGGGAAGCUGGUUGCUACCCUGUACCAAACCACCGGCCGGGCCGACGGCAACCUCGGCACCGUCAACUUCACCCGGGACCGAAUCGGUGCCGUCACAGCGCGCUUCCCCUCCCCUUUCCACGGAUCCAAGGCUACCAUCCUCGGCCUCGUCGGCACCCUCCCAUACAACGUCUCCGUCCUCGCCAUUGACGCGCUGCUCCUCCCCUACGGCUUCGACCUCGCCGCCACUGACAUCCGCCCCUCCGUCGGCCUCAACAUCACCCCGGUCCUCGUUGACGGCGGCAGCUUCAACGUGGCCGCCUCCAUGCUCGAGGCCUCCGGUGUCGUGGCGGAGUUAGAGGCCGACGAGCACGGUGCCGGAAUCACCGUCUUCGUCCCCACCGACGAGACCUUCGCCGACUUCCCGGCCACCGAGCGACUGCAGUCGCUGCCAGCGGACCGCAAGGCGCUGGUGCUCCGUUUCCACGUGCUCCGCUCCUAUUACCCCCUCGGCUCCCUCGAGUCCAUCGUCAACCCCGUCCAGCCCACGGUCGCUACCGAAGACACCGCCGCCGGCUGCUUCACCCUCAACAUCACCCGCGUCAAUGGCUCGGUGGCCAUCGACACCGGUCUGGUCGUGGCGUUCAUCACGCGCACUGUGUUCGACCAGAACCCGGUAGCCGUGUUCGCCGUCUCCAAGGUGCUCCUCCCGAGGGAGAUCUUCGCGGGGGAGGCGGAUGCGUCGAAUCUCGCGCCGCAGUGUACGGAGGGGGUGGACACGCCUCCGGCGAGGCUGUCGCCGCCGCAGGGCUUCAAAGAGGAAGUCACGUCCGGGACCGGCGGCAAAGGAGUUGCUCUGUUUUAUACAGUGUCGCUGUAUCUACCGCUGCUAUUUGCAUGACAUUUGCUCGCUGCGCUGCUACAUUUUGACUUUUCUAUCAUAUACGUUACUGAUGUUUGUAAAAGCAUCCAAUUUUUUUU